AAAGCACCGGAAGUGUUCCUUGUUGCUGUCAUGCAAGCUGAAGUCACGAGCACGGAAACGGUGUUAGUAGUCCGCUUUCAUCGCGUGUGUGAAAACUGUAUGAAGUCUGAUAUCAUCAACGAGAACAAAGACACUGAAGGAUGGGUCAGAGAGGUGGACUGCCCUUCCUCCUCAUGUUUCUCUCCAUGCUGUCACCUCUGUGUGACUGUCACCCUUCUGGAUGGUCCAUGAGAUCAAUGGCUGCAGCCAGGACUGUGUCCAAUCAUACUGCAAGGCAAGUGUCUGACAUAGCUGCAGAGGUAGCAGGCUAUGCUGAUGUGGCCAAACAGAUUAUUGACCUGGCUGUGUUUGGAGCUGCCCAGAACCGCUCUUACAAAAGACUGGCCGACUUCACCGACACCAUUGGGAACCGCGUCAGUGGCUCACACAACCUGGAGAUGGCUAUCAAGUACAUGUACAAUGCUAUAACACAGGACGGGUUGGAUGUACAUCUAGAGCCAGUCAAAAUCCCACACUGGGUAAGAGGAAAAGAGAGUGCAGAAAUGAUUCUUCCCAGGGCCAAAAGUCUGGCCAUUCUUGGACUGGGUAGCAGUGUAGGGACACCACCUGAAGGAAUCGAGGCAGAGGUGUUGGUGGUUGAGUCUUUUGAGGAACUGAAGCGUAGAGCCAGUGAGGCCGUAGGGAAGAUUGUGGUUUUUAACCAGCCAUUUGUCAGCUACGGGGAGACUGUGGCUUACCGUGCUUAUGGUGCCUCUGAGGCAGCCAAAUUGGGAGCUGUGGCCACCCUCAUUCGAUCUAUUACACCAUACUCUAUUAACAGCCCGCACACAGGUUUGCAGGACUACCAAGACGGAGUGAAGCGCAUCCCUACGGCCUGUAUCACCGUGGAGGAUGCCGAGCUGAUGUGGCGUAUGGCACAGAGGGGGCAGAAGAUCGUGGUCAGACUCACAAUGGGAGCCAAGACUCUGCCGGAUGCCGACUCGUUUAACACAGUGGUUGAGAUAACAGGCUGGCAACACCCUGAGCAGGUCGUCUUACUCAGCGGUCAUCUAGACAGUUGGGAUGUGGGCCAAGGUGCCAUGGACGAUGGAGGUGGAGCCAUGAUUUCCUGGGAGGCCCUGUCUCUUAUUAAGGACUUAGGUUUGCGUCCAAGGAGGACUUUGCGAACAGUGCUGUGGACGGCUGAAGAGCAGGGCGGAAUCGGUGCGCAGCAGUACUAUAAUCUACACAAGGUAAACAUGUCCAACUUUGACCUGGUCAUGGAGUCCGACUUGGGGACGUUUACUCCGGUGGGUCUGCAAUUUACUGGCAGUGAUGCAGCACGAAAGGUGAUGGAGGAAGUAGUCAAACUGUUGGCUCCCAUUAAUACGACCAAACUAGAGACACAUGGAGAAGGGACAGACAUCUCGCCGUGGAUGCAGGCAGGAGUACCAGGUGCUAGCCUCCAUGUGGCAGACAGUCGGUACUUUUGGUUCCACCACACUGAAGGUGACACUAUGACCGUUCAGGACCCUCAAGACAUGAACCUCUGCUCAGCAUUGUGGGCUGUGGUUGCCUAUGUCGUGGCAGACCUAGAGGACAUGCUGCCCAGGUAGCCAGUUAGCACACAGGAUGCUGAGCCUCCGGUGAACGUGAAGCUAGGAUGAUCCCUGAACCACAGCUUGACUGGUUUUACAUAAACUUGAUAUUGAAUGGAUUGAGUUAAGAAUGUUUUGUUUGCAAAUUGAAUGUGAUUUAUCCUUGGAUAAACAAGAGAUAUUGAAUAAUAGUAAAUCAAAACAUUGGUAAUCACAAAAAAUAUUUUUUCUUUAAAUGAAAACCCAAUAGAUUUAGAUAAUGUUGUAGCUCAAGGCUGUGUAAUGAUUAUCUGGAAUCUGAAGCAAGCUAGCUUAAGUCCAGUCUGGACCAAAGUCAGGACAAGUAAUGGUUUUAUUGAAAAAGCAACAUAAUAGAUGCUUAUAUGAUCAUACUACAUAAUGAUUUACAGCAGAGAACAACAGAUUUAGCUUAGAAUGAUGGAGAAAUUGCACCUUUUUUCAAGUAAAAAGCAGAUUUUCAAAUGUUGCUGAAUGCUUUCAAACAAGAACAAAAGUAUUCCCUUACUUCUCAGGUAUUUCGCAUUUCUUUGUGCCUUCAUAUAAAAAGGAUGUCUGAGAGUGUAGGAAAAAAGUGAGAGAAUUAGAAAGUAUAUUUUUUGUAUAUUUUGUAUAUUGUUAUUUUAUUUUUUCUCAGUAUGCAGUUGUGCUUUGAUUGUAAGCUUUCUGUCAAAUUUCAGGGUUACUGGAAAGGGCAUAUUUUAAAGUUUUUUCAAAUCUGUUUUUAGAUCAUUCUGGUAUAGGUUUGAUCCUGCCUGAGUUGUGCUUAACUGUGGUAAUUUACAGGAUGACCUGUAAUAUUUUACAUCAUCAUUGCAGUGUUGCAAUAUAUUAAUAAAGUAUUAGUCAUUGCUUUACGCCA